AUGAGUCCUCAUUUGACAAAUCAUAUACUUUGUCGACUGUUUGGCUCACAUCGAGUCAACAAAUAUUUGAAUCGUUUUUCGCAAAAUCGGACGAAACGCGAGGCGGGACAGGAAUGCGGUUGUCCUCCCGACACCCCAGACAUGAGACAACACACACAACACCCCUCCGUGUAUAUACCGACUCUAACGUGUGUCCAACAAAUGGCUUAUCAGUGA